AUGGUUUCCUCAUCCGUUCUUGGAUUCCCCCGUAUGGGUGGAAACCGUGAGCUCAAGAAGGCUACUGAGGCCUACUGGGGCGGAAAGUCCAGUGUCGAGUCCCUCGUUGAGACCGGAAAGACCCUCCGUGCUGCCCACUGGAAGAUCCAGAAGGAUGCCGGUGCCGGUACCAUUGCCAGCAACGACUUCUCUUUCUACGACCACGUUCUUGACCACAUCCAGCUCUUCAACGCUGUCCCUGAGAGAUACAGGAAGUAUGGCCUCCCUGCUAUUGACGAGUUCUUCGCCAUGGGACGUGGUCUCCAGCGCCCUGCUACUGAGACUGGCCCUGCCGUCGAUGUUCCCGCUUUGGAGAUGGUCAAGUGGUUCGACUCAAACUACCACUACGUCCGUCCUACCCUCCAGGACAACCAGACCUUCAGCCUUGCUGCUGACCCCAAGCCCGUCCGUGAGUUCAACGAGGCCAAGGCCCUGGGCAUCACCACCCGCCCUGUCCUUGUCGGACCCGUCUCUUUCCUUCACCUCGGAAAGCCAGACCGUGGCCAGUCUGUUCUUCCCAUCACCCUCCUCGACAAGCUCCUUCCCGUCUAUGUUGAGUUGUUGAAACAGCUCAAGGCUGCCGGUGCCGAGACUGUCCAGAUCGAUGAGCCCGUCCUCGUUCUCGACCUUCCCAAGGAGACUAAGGCUGCUUUCAAGCCCGCCUACGAUCUCUUCGCCGCCCAGGGUGAUGCCAUCCCCAAGAUCACCCUCGCCACCUACUUCGGUGACAUUGUCCACAACAUUGAGAUCCUCAACGACGUCAAGUCUGUCGCCGCUGUCCACGUUGACCUUGUUCGCAACCCUGAGCAGCUCGAGACCGUUGCCGGUGCCCUUGCCCCCGGCCAGGUCCUCUCUGCCGGUGUUGUUGACGGACGUAACAUCUGGAAGACCAACUACCAGAAGGCCAUUGCCACCGUUGAGAAGGCUGUCCAGCUCCUCGGUGCUGACCGUGUUGUUGUUGCCACUUCUUCUUCUCUUCUCCACACUCCUCACACUCUUGCUUCCGAGAAGAAGCUCCCCGCUGAGGUUGCCGACUGGUUCUCAUUCGCCUCCGAGAAGGCUGUUGAGGUUGUUGUCAUUGCCAAGGCCGUCACUGAGGGUGCUGAGUCCGUCCGCGCUGAGCUUGAUGCCAACGCCGCCUCCAUGAACUCUCGUGCCACCUCUGCCCGCACCAACGACCCCGCUGUCAAGGAGCGCCAGGCCAAGGUCACCCCUGAGAUGUAUAACCGUCUCGCUCCCUUUGAGACCCGUAUUUCUGGUCAGCAGGCUCACCUCAACCUUCCUCUCUUCCCCACCACCACCAUUGGAUCUUUCCCCCAGACCAAGGAGAUCCGUGUCGCCCGUCAGAAGUUCACCAAGGGUGAUAUCACCACCGAGGAGUAUGAGCGUUUCAUUGAGAAGGAGAUCGAGCUCGUUGUCAAGGAGCAGGAGGCCCUUGACCUCGACGUCCUUGUCCACGGAGAGCCUGAGCGUAACGACAUGGUCCAGUACUUUGGUGAGCGUUUGACCGGUUACGUCUUCACCACCUUCGGUUGGGUCCAGUCUUACGGAUCUCGUUGUGUCCGUCCCCCAAUUGUCGUCGGUGACAUCUCCAGGCCUCUUCCCAUGACCGUCAAGGAGUCCAAGUACGCCGCUUCCAUCACCAAGAAGGCCAUGAAGGGUAUGCUCACUGGUCCGAUCACCUGCUUGAGGUGGUCGUUCCCCCGUGAUGACGUUCACCAGUCCGUCCAGGCUGAGCAGCUCGCUCUUGCUCUCCGUGACGAGGUCAUCGAUCUCGAGGCUGCCGGUAUCCACGUCAUCCAGGUCGACGAGCCCGCUCUCCGUGAGGGUCUCCCUCUCCGUUCCGGAAAGGAGCGUGAGGCCUACCUUGACUGGGCCGUCAAGGCUUUCCGUCUUGCCACCACUGGUGUCCAGAACAACACCCAGAUCCACUCUCACUUCUGUUACUCUGAGUUCCAGGACUUCUUCCACGCCAUUGCUGCCCUUGACGCCGAUGUUCUCUCCAUUGAGAACUCCAAGUCUGAUGCUAAGCUCUUGAGGGUCUUCGAGGACGAGGCCUACCCCCGUCACAUCGGACCUGGUGUCUACGACAUCCACUCCCCCCGUGUUCCAUCAGAGCAGGAGAUUGUUGACCGUGUCGAGGAGAUGCUCAAGUGGCUCAAGCCCGAGCAGCUCUGGAUCAACCCUGACUGUGGUCUCAAGACCCGUCAAUGGCCCGAGACCCGCGCUGCUCUUGACAACAUGAUCAAGGCCACCAAGCAGUUCCGUGCCAAGUACUCCAAGGCUUAA